CCGAAAACCUAAAACUUUGGGAAAGUUCGACCUCGACAUUCCUACACUCCUCUACGAACAUUCCCCGCCACCAUGUCGCGGACCAAAGAAGAGAAGAAGCGCAAGAGAGACGUCGAGGCGACGGAAGACGUGACGAAAAAGUCGAAAAAGUCAAAGAAGACCGACGAGAUUUCCGAUGCGCCAACGCCAGACAGUCCCGUAGUCGAAGCGAAGAAGGAGAAGAAAGAGAAGAAGGACAAGAAGUCGAAAAAGGUCAAGGAGGUCGAGGUAGAGGCCGCGACUGAGGAACCGCCGGCGGGAGACAAGAAGGAGAAGAAAGAGAAAAAGUCCAAGUCGAAAAAGUCCAAGAAGACGGAUGAUGAUACCGAGAGCGCGCCAGUCGAUGAGGCAGCUGUCAGCGUAGAUACCGACGAGCCAAUGCCUGAUAAGACCGAAGUAACAGAGGCUUCCUCGAAGAAGGAAAAGAAGUCAAAGAAGGACAAGGACUCGAAGAAGGAUAAGAAGUCUAAGAAGUCCAAGGACACGGCUGAUUCACCAGCUGAAGAUGCUGUUCCUGCGGCUGAGGAGGAUGUCGCCGCCGAGACGAAUGGUGUGGACGCCGAGAAGGCCGCUAAGAAGGAGAAGAAGAAAGCAAAGAAGGACAAGGAGGAAAAGAAGUCGAAGAAGGAUAAGAAGGCGGCGAAACCUGAAACCAACGGAGACGUCGUUAUGGAAGACGCUGUCGCUGAAACGAACGGCGAGACUGUCAACGAGGAGAACGCUGAGGAGGCUACUGAGGAGGCUGUCGAGGGAGACGAGGCUGAGGGUGAGGCGAAGAAAGGUCGCUUCAUCGUCUUCGUUGGCAACCUCCCCUACACCGCCACCAAAGAGCAGAUCGACGAGCACUUCGCAAAGAUCAAGCCCACCGAGAUCCGCCUCCGCACCUACAAGGGCACCAACAAAUUCAUGGGCACGUGUUUCGUCGAAUUCGACCGCUUCGACCGCAUGGAAACCUGCUUGAAGAAGUACCACCACUCGCUCUUCCCCGACGGCAAGAAGAAGAGCGAAGGCCGCAAGAUCAACGUUGAAUUGAGUGCUGGCGGUGGCGGCAAUAGCGAAGUCCGAAAAACAAAGAUUGCUGCGAAGAACGACAAGCUGCACGAUGAGCGCGCGAGGGAUCGGGAGAAGCGCGCCGAGCUGGAGCUGAAGCAGGGCGAGCGCAAGGAGAAGAAGGACGCGAAACACAAGAAGGCCGAGGCUGUCGCUGAAGAGCCUGCGAAGGAGGCAGAGCCAGACAACGGCUACAUCAACCCGGCCAGACUUGCCAUGAUGUCGCGUCCCGCACCUCCGCCGCCCCCGUCGCAUAGGCAGAGAUAUUAAGUUUCGCGCCUCUGCGAUUUGUUUGGGUAUAUUUGGAGUCUCAUCUGCCGCCAUCUUUGUUUGGAUACACCAAAACGCACACAUAGAUUACCGCUUCAGGAAACUAUAGCUUUAGAGUUUGAAUGACAGCAUACCUCAAUUCAUCGUCGUUUCUGC